UCUGUGAAGCGCUGAAAGACAUACAAAACAAACGCUAGUAAACUGCGAUAGAUUUAAUGGAUUUUUAAUGUACAAUAAAUGUCUAAUAUCUUAUUCAAGUAUAAAUUGACGUAAAAUACAUAUAUUGGUUGAUAUUAAUCUUUAAUUUGGUGUUGAUUUUUGAGAGAACGAUGGCUGCGAAUCCUCCCGAGGAAAAUUUUGAUCAGGGAGAGUUUGAUGAGGACGACCUGGGGGAAGUGCAAAUCGAAGCAACAGCCGGGCGAAAACGUUUGUUCAGCAAAGAGUUACGCUGCAUGAUGUACGGAUUCGGGGAUGAUCAGAACCCCUACACGGAGAGUGUGGACCUGCUGGAGGAUCUGGUGAUUGAAUUCAUAACCGAAAUGACGCAUCGUGCAAUGGAAAUCGGACGGACCGGUCGAGUUCAGGUGGAAGACAUUAUCUUUCUCGUGCGGAAGGACGCAAGGAAAUAUUCCAGAGUCAAAGACCUGCUCACGAUGAAUGAAGAAUUGAAACGGGCGAGAAAGGCCUUCGAUGAAAUCAAAUAUGUUGGUGCUGAAGCAAAGGUUAAAGAGAAGUAGGUGACUUGAUGAACAAACUGGUUGGUAAGAGACGCCCUUGAGAAUGGCUUUAAGAUUCGUAAAAAUAAAGCAUAAAACACUAAAACAAAAAUAAUGUUUUCGAUUAUACAUUCUAAUUAGGCAAACCCAAUCAAAUCGCCAAGAAUAUAGGUUUCAUUCUUCCAACAUGACUAAUUUGUAUAAAAUUCGAGCCCCUAAUUUAAAAGGGCGUCAUUACCUGUUGAUGUAUCCAAGUUUGCCUAUAGAUUUAUAGAAGAAAUACUGAAAUUAUGUGUUUGUGAUUUUAUAAAUAAACUCAUUUAUAUUCAAA